AGCCACUCACCAUGCCGGAGCUGGCAGAGCUGAGCACUCCCCGCACCCCUGCAGAUGCCGACCACAUCCAGAGGAACAUCCUGGAGGAGCACGUGGAGCUCUGGUGGUUCCAGGACCCCAAGAAGUCCAUCCUGUGCUAUGGGGUGGCAGUGGUGCUGAUCUUGGCCUGUGGGAUUGGGGGCAUCAUUCUGCUGUACAGCACCAGCAGCCGAUCUGGAGAGUGGCGUCUGGCCGUGGGCACCACGCUCUGCCUCCUGGCCCUGCUGGUGCUGCUGAAGCAGCUGCUCAGCUCUGCGAUCCAGGACAUGAACUGCAUCCGCAGCCGGGAUCAGAUUGAGCUCCUGAAGAGCGGGGGCUUCUCGGACUGCCUGGUGCUGCUGCUCAGCGCCCUGGUGCUGCUCAUCUGUGGCAUCGUGCUCACCGUCCUCGCCACCACGAGCACGCAGCCCAGCUCCGUGCGGCCGCUGGGCAGCAUGUUCACCAGCGGGAUUAUCCUCUUGGCUGCUGGCAGCACCAUCCUCCUCUCCCUGCUGCUCUAUGUGCUCUGCACCUCCUGCUGCCGAGCUGCUCCUCGAGGCUUGGAGACAGGCGAAAUAAGUGUCUUCACCAUCUCUGGCCGCCUGGCUGCUAACAGGCGACUUCCUCCCACCUCCAGCAUGGCCAACCUGAUCUGACCCGGGGCCAUGGGAGCUGCACCAGAGCUGGCAGGACCCCCUG